CCUUCGCGCGUUGCGAAAAAUCUGAAACAAAGGAAGCCACAGUAGAGUUCGCGUUGUCUAUCAUGGCGGCCACAGUGAUUGAGCUAAUUAGGGCUUUGCUAAACACUGAAGGGUCUUCUCAGACCGUCCAGUUUCCAAGCUCCGAUUCUCAACCAUGUUGUCUUCUUCAGCAUUAACAGAGUCAUCAUCCUCUAGGAAGUCCAUUCCCCUUCUUAACUUAUUGAACUUGUCCAAAUCCGAACACUAUAUAUACACAAACCAAUACUCUUCCAUUCCAUCAUCACCAUAAACAACUUCCUUCACUUCCUAGUUUCAUAUUUUCAUACAUCCUACAAAAAACAAACCCACAAAAGCAGAGAAAGGCAGAGAGAUUUUCUUUCCAAUUAUAUUAAGAGAUGGCUGAGAAGAUCAACCAGGCUUAUCCUUUGGCACCAGCAAAUGGUUACACAAGAAGUGACGGAGAAUCUUUGGUCUCUGAAGAUGAACUCAAACGCAGGAAGAGAAUCAAAUUGUUUACCUACAUUGGUAUAUUUGUUGUUUUUCAGAUCAUAGUCAUGACCGUGUUUGGUCUCACUGUGAUGAAAGUCAAGACCCCAAAGGUGAGGUUGGGCGAAAUCAGCAUCACAAACUUUAACUCAGCUGCUGCAACUCCUUCAUUUGACACAACCUUCAACACCCAAAUCAGGAUCAAGAACACCAACUGGGGUCCUUACAAAUUUGAUGCAGGCACUGUAACAUUCAUGUACCAAGGCACGCCUGUGGGGACAGUAGUGGUACCUAAGAGCAAAGCUGGAAUGCGUUCCACCAAGAAGAUCAACGUCGAGGUGAGUUUAAGCACUGAUGCAUUGCCAAACAGUUCAACUCUUAGCAGCGAAUUGAACAGUGGGGUGUUGACGCUGACUAGCCAAGCCAAAUUGACUGGGAAGGUGGAACUGAUGCUCAUAAUGAAGAAGAAGAAGUCUGCCAAUAUGGACUGCACCAUAGCUUUUGAUUUGUCCACAAAAACUGUCAAAAGUUUACAGUGCAAGUGAUCAGACUAGUUCUUGAAAUUGUUAUUUUCCAUUUCUGUUUACUUCUCUUUUUUCCUUGGAUUUGUUGUGUAGUUAUAAAAUGAUAUUUAUUUUAUUUUUUUAACCACUGA